AUGCGUUUCCUCAACAUCGUCUCUGUCUUUGCCCUAGCCACGGUUGGCAUCGCAGCACCAAUUGACGACCCAAUCGACUCAGCUGACAUUCAAUUGCCCGUCGAUUCCAUCAAUAAUGCAACCAACAUUGAAGACCCAACCGAGCUGGAUGAUUCAACCGAUAUCGAAGCAAGAGACGAUGGUUCAAUCGACUCGGCUGAUAUCCAAUUACCAGUCGACUCGAUAAACAAUGCAACGAACAUCGAAGACCCCACCGAAAUGGAUGACAUCGACGGCGAAACCGGAAUCGAAGCACGAGACGGCGGCGAGUCGUUCUGUGUGGCCGGUAAGCCCGAUAUCGUGCCUCAGGGCUCGGCCUUCCUGUGGAACAUCGCCGUCAAGGGCCAGGAUCUCGGGUCCAACAGCAAGGAAUGCGCCCCGUGGCUGAAGAAGCGUGUCAAGCAGCAGUCUGCCUGCAAAGCCAUCACCAACUGGAAAUGCAAGUGGGACGCAGACACCCAGACCAACUUUGCAACCUUCUUCAGUGAUAUCUUCUGCGGUACUGGGCCAAUGCAUACGGCUGUUGAGGCUGCUACCUCGCCCCGUGUCAAGACCACGUGCUACAACAACGCCAACAAGGCCCCUGAUGCUGGCAGCAUCGGCGCGACUGUUUUGGCGAAUGCGUUCCAGGCUCUGGGUGGUGCUGUUAAGAAGGGCUAA